CAAAGAGGGCAGCGGAAGUGUCGUUACAGGAAGCGCCUCUUGUUUACAGCCCUCAGCUGCCAGGAGUGAAGAGCGGAGACUGAGAGAGGAUGGUGUGUGACAAUUGUGAAAAGAAGUUGGGCACAGUUAUCACUCCGGAUACAUGGAAGACUGGUGCCAGGAAUACCACAGAAAGUGGAGGCCGAAAGCUGAAUGAAAACAAGGCGUUGACGUCAAAGAAGGCCAGGUUCGACCCAUAUGGAAAGAAUCGUUUUGCAAUAUGCCGUAUCUGCAAAAGUUCCGUUCACCAGCCGGGAUCUCACUACUGCCAGGGAUGUGCCUACAAGAAGGGGAUCUGCGCAAUGUGUGGAAAGAAAGUCCUGGACACCAAGAAUUAUAAGCAAACCUCUGUUUAAUCAAGUCCUGGACCAAAUAUGGACUGAGAACUGAGAAUUUGUGGCUGGUGAAUGUAAAUAAUUAAUUUUGAUUUUUUUUUUUUCUGUACUCUAUGUUCAUUAUUUGAGUGAACAAUUAUUUAAACAUUUUGGUUUUUAUUUGAGUUUUUAAGAUUUUAAUACCGUUUUUUUUUCUUUUUUUCUUUUUUCUUUUCUUGCUAUGUAAGCAUUUUCUUUUGAACACUUUUGUAAACAACGUUUGAUUGUUUGUUUGUUUGUAACAUAUGCUAUUCAAUAAUUUAUAUUAGCCAUACAGAGUUAAAUUAUAUAUUCUACAUUCAGUAUGUUGAGGUUCUUCAUUUAGAAAAUAAACUAUACAUUUCUGAA